AUCGAGACCAUAUGAAAGACCUCCGAAGGUACCUGGUGUUCAAAUACAUCCAAUAUCUAGUCCUACCUUCUCCAAAUACCAUCAUCACUCUUCUGGGAUUGCUUGCCAGUCUGUAUGUCAUGCUGAUACUGACAUUUCCUUCUGUAUCCAGAAAAUCCACUGUGGUGUUUAUUAGUAACAUAGCUCAGGCAGACAUCUUAGCUGGCUGCAGCAUUUUUUCUGCCAUCACAGCAGGUAUGAUAAAGAGUGAAACAUCUUCAGCUUCUUUUCAAUCUGGCUUGAGGCAGAAUUUCCAAAUUGCAAAUGUACACGCCAGUUCCCUUUUACUCAGCUGUGUUAGCCUUGAGGCUUUUCUGAUUACCUUUCUUCCAGUAGAGACACGCCACAUAAGGAAUGUUAGAUGUGCCAGAGUAGCUUCUAAGAUCAUCUGGGCUGCCGUAAUUACUGAGUGUUUCCUUUAUCAACUUGAAUGCAUCAAAUGUCUUAACGUCUCUCAUAGGCAAGUUCAGCUAUUGAUGAAUUUCUGUCAUGACACAACAGCGUGGCUGAAGUUGCUUAUUUACCCAAUUGGAAUUCUUUUAAGAAUCUUCAACAUAUAUCUUUUUUAUAAAAUGUAUUUCUGA